GCUGACAGCGCAUGUAUCAGCAGAUCAGACCAAGAAACUGAAUUUCUAAAAUGGAGUUUACUCUUCGACACCUGACCUUCAUUUUGGCGAUUAUCAUCUCCGGCACAGUAUCCGGUGACAUUCAACCAAUCCCAGUAACUGUCCAGGAAGGAAAUCAAGUUAUACUGGAAAUUAAAGAGAAAGCACCAUUUUAUGAUUUUUUUUGGUUAAAAAAUAAUGAAGACACUGUAGUCUUGUAUGAUUCUAUAAAUGUGGAAAUUUACCCUGCCUACAAGAACAGAGUAGAUUUCAAUGAACAAACACUUUCAAUAACAAUAAGAAACAUGCAGAAGACAGACAGUGGACUCUACACUGCUAAAGCAAGUGAAAAAACUCAAAAAAUCAUUGGUUCCUACAAUGUAACUGUUGAACGUGCAAGAAGUCAUGGAUCAACUGCGGAAAUUGCUUCUGUCACUUGGCUAACAUUCCUCUUUCUUUUGAGUGUAAUCUACCUCCCUACUUUGUGACUGGAGCUGGAGGCUGGUGUCCUCCUGGGUCCAGGAAGGGCACGUGAAGGUACUCGCAACGCCGCACGUCGGAAUCAGCCGUCCUGGACAAGACUGCACACGUGUACCGUUGUGUACCGUGUGUACCGUUGACGGGCCAGGAUGCCGGGUUGUUUAUCCCUUCUGAUUGCCAACCGGGAAAAAAAGCGAAGGAGAGGCCGCGGGAAGAAGACUGUGUGUAACCCCUGGUGCUAUUGGUGCACUGUAGUUACUAUGGGAAGAUACACUGUAAUGGACCAGUCAAUGUACUAGGUUCGCUACAGGAGGGCAAGAAUUAGUUAAACCACAUUAAUAAAUAGGCAGACCAGGAGAAUGACUUUAAAGUGUCUUUUAGUUGAGUUGAAUUCAAUGAAAAUAUGAAAUGAAAAUAAAGAAAACAAUAGAAAUACA